AUGAUGACAAAUGAUGAGCUACUAGCCUUAAUCAAUUCUUUGUUAGAUUAAAAAUAAUUUUAAGAAUAAAAUUCUUUUGUUAUAAACAUGGAAGACAUAGCAUCUAAAUUAAAAGAUGAAGGAGUGAUAAUUCUUGGAUCUGAAAUAUCAAAAUUCAAAAAUGUUAAUAAACUUGUCCUUCAAAUUUAAAACAAUCAUGUCAGCGAAAAAGGCAUUAACUUUUUGACAUAAGGAUUAAGUUAAUUUACUCAUCUUACUCAUUUAAAUCUUAAUCUAAGAGGUAACUUCAUUUGGGAAAAUGGUGCUUAAAGCUUGAGUAAGUUCGUAUAAUCCUUAUAAUAAGUGAAAUACCUUAACAUGAAUCUCGAAAACAAUUCCAUACAAAACUCUGGAUUAGAACAUUUAAGUGAUGCAAUUGGUUAGUGUAGCAAAUUAAAUAUUCUUAUAUUAAAUUUAAAAGGAAACUCAAUUACUAAUUACUUUGGAAUGAUAAAUCAAGUAAAAAAACUAAAGUACUUAUACUUUCUUUAAAUUUGCUUAAAUAUUGAUAUAAAUCGAGUUAUAAAAGUCAAGUAGACACUUCAGAAAAGAAGUAGAAUGGUUAUGUUUAAAAUCAUUUGA